AUCCACCCGCCGUGCCCAGCGCAGAAAUAACACCCACCACUAAGAACAGGUAGAAGAGGAGACUUCCAAGAAAAAUAGCGAGGGAGGGACAAAGAUCAUGGCAGCCUCACUUCAAGCGGCGGCGACUUUCUUGCCUGCCAAGGUCGGAUAUCCGUCGAGAUUUGUUUCAGGGUUGCAGCUUAGGCCAGCUCCACAGCAGCUCUAUAAAUCUUUUGGAGUUGAACAACCCGCAGGCGGCAAGAUUAGCUGUUCCACUCACUCCGAUCUUCUUCGUGAUGUCGCGCAGAAGUGUAUCCACGCCACCAAGCUCGGCGGAAUCGCGCUGGCUACUUCUGCUCUGCUCGUCGCGGGAGCGAACGCGGAGGGAGUACCCAAGAGGCUGACCUUUGACGAGAUCCAGAGCAAGACGUACAUGGAGGUGAAAGGGUCCGGAACUGCCAACCAGUGUCCGACGAUUGAGGGCGGCGUAGACUCCUUCGUCUUCAAGCCGGGUAAGUACUACGUUAAGAAGUUGUGCUUGGAGCCCACUUCUUUCACAGUCAAGGCCGAGGGCGUAAGCAAGAAUGCUCCUCCUGAUUUCCAGCCCACCAAACUCAUGACCCGACUGACCUACACACUAGAUGAGAUCGAGGGACCAUUGGACGUUUCCCCUGACGGAUCCCUCAAAUUUGAGGAGAAGGAUGGGAUCGACUAUGCUGCUGUAACCGUGCAGCUACCUGGCGGCGAACGUGUUCCUUUUUUGUUUACUAUCAAGCAGUUGGUGGCCACUGGGAAGCCGGAGGCGUUUGGAGGACAGUUCCUGGUGCCCAGCUAUCGUGGAUCGUCGUUUCUGGAUCCAAAGGGAAGGGGAGGGUCAAGUGGGUAUGACAACGCGGUGGCAUUACCGGCAGGAGGAAGAGGGGAUGAGGAGGAGCUUACUAAGGAGAAUAUAAAGAAUACUUCCUCUAGUAAUGGAAAAAUUAGUCUCAGUGUGAGCAAGAGCAAGCCGGAGACAGGGGAGGUUAUUGGGGUGUUUGAGAGCUUGCAGCCAUCUGACACAGAUCUUGGGGCCAAGGCGCCGAAGGAUGUGAAAAUCCAGGGCAUUUGGUAUGCGCAGCUUGAGUCUAAUUAACUACUAGCUUGUAUAUGAAUAUGCUGUUCUAUUUAUGUUUCUCUCUGUUUUUUGUCUUAUUUCAGCUGAAACUGAAAAAAUCUCGUGUUAUAUUUGUGUGCUCUCAUUUUGGAGUGAUAAUUUUGGAUGUUAUGCUGC